AUGCAUUGCAGUGGCGUCGACACUUUGCCCAUGAUAUGGAUGGGCACAAGCGUGUUCGCUGUCUCAGGCCGCUCCAACGCAACGCCAUCCACCACCCCACCGCCGACAUCAGCAGCCAUGCAUCGCUCUGACAUCCCGAACCGCAUGGGUGAUUGUCACUGGCAUCGUCAGAAGUGGCCCGGCGUUGGUAAGGUCAGGUGCCCGCUUGGCUUCGCCCCACGCAGAGUGAGGGCACUGAAUCCUGACGCAACUCACGGAGUUUUCACCGGCUAUCAAUGUCAAGAAGCUGUGUAUGGCAAAGAAAUAGGCGAAGCAAUCGUUUUUGAUGGUGCGAUGCCCGGAUGUUUACUCCUGCACUGUGUUGUGGUAGCUCGGACGUAUGCGCUGGCUGCGCGCGCGGUUUCGUCACUUUUGGGUGUGACGCUUCCCUUUGAGAUCAUGCAACCCAUAUCUCUCACUCCUCUCCGUCUCGUGUUCUCUGUUUUCAUGGAAUUCUUGACCUUAGGCUCAGUAGUGAAUCACGCGAAGACAAUGGUCUUUAUAGAUAAGCUGAAGACAAUGGUGAGCCGAAGUGUCGGCUUGAGCGCGGGAAACGCUCUUACAACCUCCUCUGGAGCGGCGCCGCCUACCUUUGCGGAGGCGUGGAAUCAAGCAAAGGCGAUGACAAACAAACUCUUCGAGGAGCGUGAGUGGCAGUGCCCGUGCGGGCACAAGUUCCGCGCUGCCGGCGAGUGGGUUGCCUGCGCGCCGAUAUACUGCGAGGUACCAUCUUGCCCCAACCCAAAAUACUACAUCGACGGGCCUGGGCGCGCCCUUCUAGAGGCAAAUCCCUCAGGUGUGAAGCUGGAGGAGGUGAGCAAUACAGGCGGUGGCGUCACUUCUCAGCCAGAUUCCGGGAAGAAGCCCGGAGGUGUCGGCUCGCGUUUUCGAUGA